UUUCAAAUGCAAACCGUUUAGAUCUUUCAAACCGCCAGUUUUUAUUAGUUUUUAACACAGGGUUGUUUUUGUUGUUAACUCAUUUAAUUUAUAAAUUGAAACAAUGUCUACACCAGCUAUGUUGAAAACACCAUCGAAAAAAGGACCUGCGACUAAACCGAAACCAAAAGUGCCAAACGGAUCUAAGGACCCUGUUGAAGUUUAUUGUAGACUUCGGCCGUUGAAGAAUGACAAUGAUUGUGUCUGCAUCAAAAGAUUGAAUGACAAUACCUUACAGUUGAUACCAUUCGGUAAUAAUAAGCUUGAAUCAUUUUAUACUUUUAAGCAUGUGUUUCCUGAGGACACGACUCAAAAACAAUUGUUUGACAGAAUUGGUUUACCACUCAUCAGAGAUCUUAUUAAUGGCAAAAAUGGUCUAUUGUUCACAUAUGGAAUAACAUCUUCUGGUAAAACUUUCACGGUCACCGGUAACUCACAAGAUUGUGGUUUACUUCCUAGGACUUUGGAUGUUUUAUUCAAUAGUGUCGAAGAUAGUUUGAGUAGAAAGUUUGUUUUCAAGCCUGAUGCUCAAAAUGGCUUCACUAUCCGAUCCACGCCUGAUGCAUUAUUGGAAUGGCAGAAAGAGAAACAAAUCGCUCGUACUCCAUCAUCUAUUACUAGCACGCCUCGUGUUAAAAGGAGAGAUAAUGACGAGCUGAAAGAAUGGGACCAAAGGGAAAGAGAUGAAAAUAAAAUAGAUAUAGACUCUAAAGGAAAUGCCUUCGCCAUAUUUGUAUCAUAUGUAGAGAUCUACAACAACUAUAUCUAUGAUCUUCUGGACGAAGAAAUUAUCAUUGACUCCCAUAAACUGAGACAACCGCAAUCAAAAGUCUUACGAGAAGAUAAACGAAGGCGAGUUUUUGUUUGGUUAGCCAAAGAGGUUGAAGUAACUUCAGCGGAUGAGGCUUUCGAUCUCUUUGUGAAAGGCGUUCGUCGUCGACGGAUGGCUCACACUGCAUUGAAUACUGAAUCAAGUCGUAGUCACUCUGUUUUCAACAUAAAAGUUGUCCAAGCUCCUCUGGAUUCUGGGGGUGAGGUUAUUCAAGAUGAAAAAUUCUUGACAGUAAGUCAACUUUCUUUAGUUGACCUUGCUGGAAGUGAACGUACUCAGCGUACUCAGAAUAUUGGUGAGAGAUUACGAGAGGCCGGAAAUAUCAACAAUUCUUUGAUGGCUCUCAGGAAUUGUAUUGAAUUGCUGAGAGAAAAUCAAAAGUUCGGAGUAAACAAAAUGAUUCCCUAUCGAGAUAACAAAUUGACUCAUCUUUUUAAAAGCUAUUUUGAAGGUGAAGGUAAAAUUAAGAUGGUUUUAUGUGUUAAUCCUGGUUCAGAAGAUUUUGACGAAACUUUGCAUGUUAUGAAAUUCGCUGAAACUGCUCAAGAAGUCUUGAUUAAUCGUGCAAAUGAUAUACCAUUCCACCUGAAAAUGCCUCAUCCUUAUUCAUCAUCCAAAUUUAUUCCAUAUCCAAAUGUUGAAUCUACUCCGGUCGAAACUAUUGGCCCUCCAUUACCUUUGAUUUCGAAUAUCGAUUUCAGGGAUAAAAAACAAACGGCUGACCUAAUAGAAAUUUUGGAAUUGAGAAAGAAGAACACACUCCGUCAUUUCGAGCAUAUCCGGCAGAAACAAAUGUUGUUCCGGGAAAGUUUGAUCUCGGCUGAAAAUGAGAAUAUGUUGACUAAACAACAGCUUCAAAUCAUCCGUAACGAUUUAGAAGUUCGUGAAGGUCAAGUUAAAACAUUAGAGUCUAAAUGCUGUCAAUUAGAAGGCGAUCAAGAGGAAUACAUGAGAAAAAUUUACGGCCUGGAGAGGCAUUUACGGGAAAUAGAAGAACAACUCGAUCGCAAGAAUCAAGCUCUUAGUCAUGCCGGAGUUGAAAAUCAAAGGACCAAAGCUGUAACUGAAGAAAGAAUUGCAAGAGAAAAGGAACGGUUGAAACGAAUAUUUGAACGAGUAUUGAAGGAAAAACAAGCUCAACUUGAGCGCGAGCAGUGUUUAACCAAAGAGAAGAUGCACCUUGUUAAAGAAAUAUUAACGGCUGAUAAUUCAGAUUGGGGACUUUUUAGAGACUAUUGGGAUUCCAUGUAUCCAACAACUCCUACCACUGGUAAUAAAAAUAUCAACACUGGCAAUAGCAACACUGGAGGAAGCACCAGUUUCCAUAUAAGACGCCCUAGUGUGCCUGAGGCAGGUAGUCGCACAUUAUCCACAGCAACUCCAGAAAUUUUAUCAACUCCUUCAUCAUCAAAGCGGCUAAAACUUGCUUCCGAACCAGGAACAUCAACACUUUCCACUCCAUCCGUAAUUCAUAAAUACCCUGAUCUUACUCGAGAGAACAUAGAGAAUCGUGCCAGAACUAAGUCAUCACCUGGAGUUCCAGUUGUCAAUCCUCGUCAUAUACGGUCUCUUUCAACUGGCAAUGAAAAGUGGAUUGACCAUCGUCCUCAGGCUGAUCUUGAUAUGGGAACCAUCCUUACACCCAAAAUCAAAAACAAAAUUUCCGUCUCAAAUUUAAAAAACAUUGACACUAAUGAUUUGAGGCGUGUAUCUAAAUAUGCUAUAACUACUCACCUGGCUGAUGAAACGGGUGAUGUCGAAACUCGCAUCUAUAAGGGUGAAGUUAUUCCAAGUUCUCUUGGAGGAGCUCAAGUUAUAUUCAACGAUGUGGAAACCAUGGUUCAAUCAUCUCCACGCAAACCUUAAUCUAAAAUAUUUUAUAAGUUUAACAAGAUAUCUUUUUUUGUGUAUCAAUUACCUUAUUAUUAUAUGGAACAAAAAAAUUCAUCCUUUUAUAUCAAACUAUAAUAAAUUUUUUGUCGACUUCCCUUAAA